UGUUGGGGCCUGGUGUUCCUCAGUGCUGCUUCUGAGUCCCUCGCCGUUCACGUGGUUUGGCUUAGCUAUUUGCCCUGCAGUGUGGCGCUGCGGGAGAAGAAUGAUGUUGACGACGACACUCCUCCUACUCUGGGUGAGAGACAACACGGCCUCCCCUACCCCCUACUCCACAGACCACUCCUUGCCUCGCCCUAUCCACGGGCCACACCAUAAACCUGAACCUUACUCCUUAUCGUGGGUAAGGGAGGGUAGGGCAGCUCCUGUACCCAUCCAGUUUAGUGAAUCUAGUGACGUUGGCUCCAGGAUCUUACGACAUGUGACCAGCUAUGGGAUGAACGAGACCCACUAUCUCACUCACAUCAAGGAACCACAACUCUUUAAAGAUGGUUACCAUCUUAAGCGAGGUCAUCCUGGCCUGUUGUUAGCGGCCUUCAACAAGCAGAAGAAGAAGAGUAAAGAUUUGGCCAGUUUCGGCUACGCUUCUCUCAAGGCCUCAGAGCUACUGUCUAGCCAAUUCCUACUGACGCGGCAGCAGACGUUAUUCGGACUAGAGCAGGUGUCACUGAGGAACACAGCCCUCUACGAUGACUGCCCUGUCAAGUCGGAUGAAAUAACAAGCUUCACCUGCCCCGGGUACUCCCAGAUGUUCCGUACACUGGAUGGCACCUGUAACAACCCCGUCAAGACUGAGUGGGGCGCUGCCUUCAGGCCUUUUGCUCGCUUCUUGCCUCCUGAUUAUAAUGACGGGAUAGAACAGAUUCGGGAGAGCGUCAGACGAGGCCCCCUACCCAACCCUCGUCAGAUCAGCGACACCGUCCACCGCCCCCUCAACCGCCCCUCCUACCAGAUCACUAUGAUGGUUAUGCAGUGGGGCCAGUUCCUCGACCAUGAUCUGACUGCCACAGCACAGUCGAGGGGUUUCAACCACAGUGUUCCCAGGUGUUGUAAUGAACACGAUGGUACCCCGCUACCUGAGGCCUUUAGGCAUCCAGAUUGUUUACCUAUCAUGAUACCCACCGCUGACCCCUUCUACUCCCAGUGGAACCACACCUGUAUGGAGUUUGUCCGCUCCUCACCUGCCCCACGACCCAACUGCGCCUUGGGACCCCGUGACCAGAUAAACCAGGUGACAUCAUUCCUGGAUGCUUCCAACGUGUACGGCUCAGAUGACCAGGAGAUGGCUCAACUAAGGCUGUGGGAGGACGGUAUGCUGAAAUACAAGCCUGUGAGAUUCCGGAAGCCUCUCUUACCUCCCCUGAACCACUUUGAUGAGGGAGAGUGUCGGGAGAACUCGAGAAACCUUCACUGCUUCCACGCUGGUGAUGUCAGAGUCAACGAACAGCCAGCCCUCACCAGCAUGCAUACCGUCUGGCUACGUGAACACAACCGCUUGGUAACCCUGCUAGCGGAGAUCAACCCAGCUUGGAACGAUGACCGACUGUUCUACGAGGCUCGGAGGAUAGUGGGAGCCAAGAUGCAGAGAAUAACAUACGGGGAGUGGCUACCUGUUGUGCUGGGUCCAGCGGUAAUGAAGGUGUUCCGGCUGCCACUACAGAAAUACGGUUACUACAGGGGCUACAUAGCCUCUACAAACCCCACCGCUACCAACGCCUUCGCCACCGCCGCCUUCAGGUUCGGUCACAGCCUCGUCCAACACUCACUCAUGCGCUGUGACAAGACUGGUCGCCGGGUGCCCUUCACCAUCAAGCUACACGAGGAGCUCAUGAACCCGGCCAACAUCCACAACUUCGGCAGCGUGGACCGCCUUAUGCUGGGACUGGCCUUUGAGAUGGCUCAGGGUCGUGACGUCUACAUGACCAAUGAGCUCACCAAGCACCUCUUCCAGACACCAGGUCACCACUAUGGGAUGGACCUGGCAGCCCUCAAUAUACAGCGGGGGAGGGACCACGGCCUGCCAGCCUACAACAUCUGGAGGGAACAGUGCGGCCUGCACAGAUUCACCAACUGGGGGGAACUCCUACAGGUUAUGGAUGAUGACACCGUGGGCAGGCUGGCGGCGGUCUACAGACAUGUGGAUGACAUUGACCUGUUUCCCGGUGGCCUGGCAGAGAAGCCUGUUAUACGAGGUCUGGUGGGGCCAACCUUCGCCUGUAUCCUCGGGCAACAGUUCCUUAAUCUCCGCCGGGGUGAUCGCUUCUGGUUCGAGAACGGUGGUCUGGUGUCGUCGUUCACGCCUCAGCAGCUGCGGGAGGUGAGGAAGGUAACACUCUCCAGGGUGCUGUGUGAUAACCUGGACGACGUAGACCAGCUGCAGCCCAAUCUCUUCCGGCCACCAACAGAAAACGGGAGAAACGUUCUUCAGUCGUGUCAAGGGCCUAACAUCCCGACCAUGAACUUGACGGCGUGGAAGGAGGAGUCGCCCGUGCUGGUGUAUGCUGGUAAUGGUGGCUACAACCUAACUCACAUCACCACCCACACCCAGGCCAGUGAGUUCGACGACUACUAUGAUGACGACGUUGGGGACCUGGCUGAGGACGACCUAUUCUACCUGGAGCCUGAGGACACCUUCAGCGACUACGACGAGAACCAACUACAGACCCUCUUCUCUCAGGAAUUACCCAGACCCUUCGAGGGGGAGGGGGACCAUAACGACGGGAAGACAGGGAAGAAUGGACAUGAAGAGAGUGAGAUAGUUCCUCCCGCCGUAGCAGGUUCGGGUGGGUACUCCGCUGCAGGGGGAGGUCCCAGUUUGUCGCAGCUCACACAACAUAACUUCAAUAAUGUGAUCCAGCAAGCUUACUCCAACACCCUCUUCUAUGGGCGCAGCAGAGGCGAGAACUGAACGCCGGGAUCCAGACAGACUAUAAUACGUAUAAACACAAUAAACCCUCUCAAUAACGGAAUCUUCAAUAAAGUAAUGAAUAUAGUAAACCCUCCCAAUGCCAGAGUAAUCCUUACAAGCCCUGUCUAUUAUUGGAAGGAUUCUGUUAUUGAGAAUAUCCACUAUUGAUAAGUCUUGUAUUGAGAGGGUUUACGAUACCCAUUAUGUUGUUGAGAAGUCCGUUAUUGAGAGGGAUUAUUGUAGUCUUUGGGAUUUGGACGUAUUCUGUUUCUUCUGAUGCUUGAAGAACAUUCAUAGUUGCGUCAGUAAGCUAUAUGAAUGCCUUUUCUUGACUGAGUGUUUCGUAAUUUUGUUAUCUUUGUUAUGUGGAUGAUCGCUGACUCUUCAUUGGCUAAUUUACGUCGACUCGAAAAAUAUUUCCCUCGCGCUGGAGAAACUCUAUCAGUCAUAUCAAGAAAGACUGACAAACAGAUUACUGGAUUGUGUGCUCCUUAACCUCCCUCAACCCCCCCUCACCCCCCACACCCCCUCACCCCCUGACCCCCACACCCUACCCCAGUUAUGGAUAGACAGUUAAAAUCGUAAUUACAGACGGUGCGUCGUAGUUCUAAAGUAAUACCAAAAUUUAUACCUGAAUGAUUACUGUAGUUUAUGUCUCUGUACCCCUGCUGUACUUUAUGGCUCUGUACCGCUGCUGUACUUUAUAACUCUGAAUUAUCACACCGUUAACCCCGAUACCAGAGCGAGGAAAAUAUAAUAUCUGCGUCUGUUUGUUUGUUUACGUUUGUGUAUGUGUGUUUGUAUAUCUGUUAGUAUGUCUUGUAUAGUUAUAUAGUUAUAUAUGUAUUUCAUUUGUUAAUAAUGUUUUUUUUUUGGCUUUCUGUGAUGUUAUUUAUAUUGUUAUUUUAUUAGUAAGUGAUUAAGACUUUUUCUUAAGUUUGUUUACAUGUUGUUUGUCCUGAGAGCGAUUGUGGCCUCAUCUGCAAAGCCUUACAAUGUUCGAAAAGUACCACGACCGCCAACCCGCUUCUUGAUUAUUAUUAGGGAGAGGAAUAUGAACCAACGUAAUUUGAUUAAAUAAACCAUAAUGAUGAUUAAAAAAAACUUGGGAUAGAUUAGUUUUUUUCCUGAUUAAUCUCGUUUACCUUGAGAAAAUAAAUGAUUUAGGUUAUCCCGUUCGUGGUUUUGUUUUAACAUUGGGUAUAUUGUAGUCUAGCCCCCCCCCCCUUCCCCUCAUCAAUGUGUUCGCUUGAGUUGUUCAAAGUGCUGGUCACUGAUUCGUUCUGACUCACCCAUGUAUGUAUGUAUGUUGCCAUUUUCACUAUAUGAUGAAAUUAUUAGACCUUACCGUAGCUAUUUUAUUUCUUUCAUUAUAUAUUGAAAGAUGAUGAAAGAAAAUGAUAAAAGAUGUGGGUAUUUAUUCAGGUAAACUCUCACAACUAUUUACAUCAACAAUCACUAUGUUUACUCUAACUAUAUAACAAUUUACUAUUUUCUAACAUUAUAGUGAAAGAAAAUAAAAAUGACGCUGGUGUUUACUUAGGAAAAUGAAGUCUACGCUUUGAGCUGUUCAUUCUGCAGUUAAAAGUGACUUAGUAAAGGGGAUUAAUUUCUGCUGACAGUUUUAAUUUGUAUUCAGAUUAGAUAAAAGUUAAGGUGAUGUGUCUUAUGUAGUGUUUGUAUUAUUUAUGUUUUAUUAUUAAGGAAAAUAAAACUAAGUGAAUUAUGAAGAAUGA